CGUUAUCUUCACAUGUCUUCGGAGGACAAGAGAAAGCAAUACAAGUGUGGAAACAAUUACAAGACAUUGGACGACAUCCUGACGUGGAAUCAGUACUCGAGACUCAAUCAAAUCCACAACAAGUUUUCCACAUCUGAUUUUGUGUUCAGUAAAGACAUCAACGAUAAGGUGUCCGUAUUUAUCGGUGAUAUCACUGCCCUCGAGAUCGACGCCAUUGUCAACGCAGCCAAUCAACAGCUGAAGGGAGGCGGAGGAGGUCUCGCAUUGCCAUUAUUACUACUCAUUAGUUGCCAACACUAUAACCACAUCUGUAUUUCAGUUGACGGCGCCAUCCAUUCAGCCGCCGGACGACAACUUCUUCAGUCUGAGUGCCAAACAUUGGGCGGCUGUCCGACGGGUAGCAGCAAAAUGACUGGAGGCUAUCAAUUGCCCGCUAAAUAUGUGAUCCAUACUGUGGGACCGGUUGGAGCCAAACCACCAUUACUUCAGUCAUGUUAUAGAAGUGCAUUGGAUUUGAUGUCUUCGUCGGCACUGAAGUCGAUAGCGUUUCCGUGUAUAUCGACCGGAGUGUAUGGCUAUCCCAAUGAAGACGCGGCACACAUCGCGUUGAGUACUGUUAGGAAAUGGUUGGACUCGAGUCCAGACGCUAAAGACACGCAACGAAUCAUAUUCUGCUUAUUCCUCCGAAUAGAUAUUGACAUUUACCACAAAUUAAUGCCAAUUUAUUUUCCACUUCAGUAA